CAGAAAUUGUAUUCAGGUGUGUCCCAAAGAGACUUUAGAGGGUGAUAUGACAUGCCCCAUGGGCUGUACAAGUGACCUUGAUCUUUUGGAGAGGCCUCACGACUGAGCUCUUUUCAUCACUCUGUUGCAACACACAGGAAGACAGGCACAACUGUCACAGCAAGACAAGCUCUAGGACAAUGGCAGGCAGUGCGCUCACACUUUCUCUCAUGCUGUUCAUUAGUGGUGCUAAUUUCCAGCAAAAUCCAACAUAUCUGUUUAGCACUGAAGGAAAGGAAUGUGUCUUUAUCAUCAAAGACAUGGAUCAAGCUGAUUACUAUGUGUUGUAUUGGACAUCUGCUGAAGGAGACCUGCUUUUGUUGAACUCCUCUCAGACUGACUUUCCUCAACCAGGAUAUUAUAUUUCGUUUUUCAGUCAUUUGACAUUGGAACCAUAUUUUGUACUGGGAAACGUAGCUGUGUCACAGUCUGGAGACUACAGGGUUGAUGGGUGGAAAGACGGCAGUCUUGUUGACCAGACAUUUUUCUGCCUCGCCGUUUGCACCAGACGUUCAAACAUCUCCGGAUUUGGUAGCGCAUCACAAGGUGGAAGCCUUGAUUUAUCAUACCCUAACCAGGUGUACUGGAAAUCUCCGAGGGGCAAUAUCACUCUUCUGCCAAAGGACUCCUCUCAAAUUAUGUAUGAUGGAGCUCCCCAACAAAAGAGGUUGCACAUGCUAAAUGGAAGCAAGACUGGCGACUACUCACUUGUAAUACCCUCUGUCUCAACUCACCAUUCUGGGGAGUACACAUGCAUGCACCAGCAGUAUGCCUCACUUGUUUACCAUAUCUACAGCUGCAUUCGCUUCACUGCCAUUGACAUUAGGGUUUCCCACGGCGAGACUGCUCUUUUGGAAUGUGCUCCACGCCCAAAAGACGCGGAGAACCCCCAGACCACGACCAAAUGGUACCGCAAGAGGCCCACUGAGACUGAGGCUUUGAUUCUGGAGUCUGUGGGGUACUGGACGCCUGUGCUCCAUUCUCUGGAUCUAGCCGGCAGGGUGUCUAUGUCUGACCUCACCUGGCUCGCGUUGAACGUCACCGCCGAGGACAGCGGAGUGUACAGGUGCCGGGUGUGGGCAAAACACCCUCGGAAUUUUUGCCACGAGCGAAUCAUCAACCUGCAGUAUGUUGACACCCUUUCUGUGAGUAUUGACACCCUUUCCUUGAGCAUCUACACGGCGCUGAUGAGCUGUAUCCUACUUGCUAUGGUGGUCAUUGUGAUCACUGUGAGUCUGAAGAGGAGAGGCAGGCACCAGGCUGAUGAACAUCACCAUGAUGUCCCAGAUAGACAUCAGCAGAGAGAGGGGCAGCAGAAUGGAGGUCCAGCCCUUUAUGAAGAUGUCAAGAUGGCUGCAGUUAGUAGUUAGUUAGACAACCUGUGUCAUUCUAUUUUAUCUGUUAAUGGGUGUCAUGGCUAUCAGUUAAGGCACAACUUAAAAUACUUAAAAUCUUACAGUAAUGUAAUAACAGUUUCCUUUCUUUACUAUUAUUCUUUCUGAAGUAUGUAUUUACUUAGUCAGAACAUAGUGAUGUUGAGAUGACGUAUUCUAAGGUGUAUGUAAAGUCUAUCUGCUACCAUAUGAUGAA